AUGCCUUCAAACGGCGACAUCCCUUACACACACGCCAAUGUGAGCCUGGCUUUCCGCGAUUUCUCUUUCAAACCCACGAUCGAUCUCCCCACUGGUCUCCGGAAGUUCGUGAAAUGUAGGUCGCGGAGAUGCAGUGAUAAUUGUGGAUCAUGGUUCGCGUCGCAAAGAGUCCAAUUUGAUGCUUAUAUUAUACGUUUACAGGAGUUAGCAGAGCCAUCAAUAAGAGAUGCUUUUCAAUCUUGCGUUCAACGAGGUGCACAUCGAAUUAUUGUUAGUCCCUUUUUUCUCUCUCCUGGAAGGCAUUGGAGUCAGGACAUUCCUUCCUUAAGCGCAGAGGCAGCGAAGGAACACCCAGAUGUGUCGUACAAUGUAACUGCACCCCUCGGAUUACAUGAACUACUUGUGGAUGUUGUGAAUGAUAGAAUCAAGCACUGCAUAAAGCAUGUGGCUCGAGAUGUAGAUGAGUGUUCAGUCUGUGCAGGGACUGCAAAAUGCAGGCUCUAUUAGUUUGUGAAACUAGAUUCUUUUGAAUACUGUUCUGAUUUAGAUGAGCCUGGGAACCAAGGAAUCUGUAAAUUGAGUUGCAAGUGUUCUGAAGUUGUGAAUUCAGUGAGGUUAUAUGUGGAUUCUAGUAGGUCAAACAUUGCAGUUCCAAUCUAGUCUCCAAAUCUGCCAAUGAUUCAUUAA